AUGUUGAUCCUCAGACUGGACCAGGACUUGAUGAUGCCAGGCAAUGGGAGUUCCGAGGCGGGAUGCAGCAGGACAGCAUCAGGCAGCUACUCCAACACCACCUGCGGCCAGACGGAGCUGUCCGUCACCGCCUCCAUCAUUUCCAUGACCGUGGGCAUCUUCUCCAACAUCCUGGCUCUCUGCAUCCUGGUCAAAGCCUACCGCCGCUUUCGCCUCAAGACCAAGGCCUCCUUCCUGCUGUUCGCCAGCGGCCUGGUGGGCACCGAUCUCGUGGGCCACCUCAUUAACGGCUCCCUGGUGCUAUAUGUCUAUGCUUGUAACAAGGAGUGGGAAGCCUUUGACCCGCACCACAUACUGUGCAGUCUCUUCGGGGUGUCCAUGGUGUUUUUCGGUCUGAGCCCCCUGCUCCUGGGUAGCCUAAUGGCGGUGGAACGCUGCAUUGGUGUCACCAGGCCCCUGUUCCACUCCACAGCCCUUGCCGCCCACCACAUGAAGAGGCUGCUGGGGCUGACCUGGCUGUUAGCUGCCCUGGUGGCUCUGCUACCUGUGCUGCUGUGGAGGCCCUACAAGGUGCAGCGCUCCCAGAGCUGGUGUUUCUUCCGCAUGGAGGGGCCCCGCAACUGGCUGGACGUGGUCCUCCCGCUGAUCUUCUCUACACUGGGCCUCCUGGCUCUGCUGGUGUCCAUUGUGUGCAACACACUGACCAGCUGCACCCUAGUGCAGUCCAAGCUGCGCUGCCACCGCCAACGUCGCCGCAAGGACACCUCCCACCACUUUGAGAUGAUCUGCCAGCUCAUAACCAUCAUGCUUGUGUCCUGUGUGUGCUGGGGCCCUUUAUUGGUUAACGUCAUCAUACUGAGCACCCAGGUCCAGGGUGAGCGUGCGUUUGCCAGCCUGCUGCUGUCAAUCCGCAUGGCCACCUGGAACCAGAUCCUGGACCCCUGGAUCUACAUCCUCCUGAGAAAGGCCAUCCUCAAGAAGCUCUUCCUGCUGGUGCACAGCUGCUGGAGCACCAAGUCCCACUCCUACUCCAACCCCCUCAACCGCUGGAAGUGCAGCCCAGUGAAAGGCUCUGGGGAGACCAGCGGCACCUCCAUCAGCACUAAACCAGAAUUCUUCUGUUUGGAUGGAAAUGUCCAGGGUGAGCGUGCGUUUGCCCGCCUGCUGCUGGCAGUCCGCAUGGGCACCUGGAACCAGAUCCUGGACCCCUGGGUCUACAUCCUCCUGUGGAAGGCCAUCCUCAAGAAGCUCUUCCUGCUAGUGCACAGCUGCUGGAGCACCAAGUCCCACUCCCACCCCCUCAACCGCUGGAAGUGCAGCCCAGUGAAAGGCUCUGGGGAGACCAGCAGCACCUCCAUCAGCAGUAAGCCAGACUCCUUCUUCUUGGAUGGAAAUCUGCUCAGAACUAAAGACAUCUGUAGCUCUAGAGUCCCUCACAGCCCUUAA